GAGGAAGUCGUGAAAACCAGGACAACCCGCGCAGGAGGAAUGCAUGAACUCCUCCCCUCACUUUGCGAUCAGUUACGUCCUUCUCCUCCUCCUCUUCUCUGGAACUAGCAGCAGUAUAGGAGCUGCCGUGCCUCGUCUUUCACGGAGGAGAUCCCGAAAGCCGGAGUAUUAGAAAAACCCCAUACAGCCAUGGCAGGAAACGCCGGCUUAGAAAACCACCGUAUCAAGAGCUUUAAAAAUAAGGGACGUGAUGUCGAGACUAUGAGAAGACAUCGAAAUGAGGUGACAGUUGAGUUGAGAAAAAACAAACGAGACGAACAUCUACUGAAGAAGAGAAAUGUCCCACAGGAGGAGAGUCUGGAGGACUCUGAUGUUGAUUCCGACUUCAAAGGACAAAACGUUACGCUUGAUGCCAUCUUACAGAAUGCUACCAGUGAUAAUGCUGUGGUACAGCUCAGUGCUGUACAGGCAGCCAGAAAACUGCUCUCGAGUGACAGAAACCCUCCCAUCGAUGACUUGAUAAAGUCUGGGAUCCUGCCUAUUUUAGUCAAAUGCCUGGAACGGGACGACAACCCCUCUCUUCAAUUUGAGGCAGCUUGGGCUCUGACCAACAUUGCCUCUGGGACAUCCGCACAGACUCAGGCUGUGGUUAAAUCCAGUGCAGUGCCCCUGUUCUUGCGACUGCUACACUCCCCCCACCAAAACGUGUGUGAACAGGCUGUGUGGGCUUUAGGAAACAUUAUAGGUGAUGGUCCACAGUGCAGGGAUUAUGUCAUCUCCCUGGGCGUGGUCAAGCCCCUGCUUUCUUUCAUCAAUCCAUCAAUCCCCAUUACCUUCCUCCGCAAUGUUACCUGGGUCAUUGUUAACCUCUGCCGCAACAAGGAUCCACCACCACCCAUGGAAACUGUGCAGGAGAUUUUGCCUGCCCUCUGUGUGCUAAUAUAUCACACCGAUAUAAAUAUCCUAGUAGACACAGUGUGGGCCCUGUCCUACCUGACAGACGGAGGUAAUGAGCAGAUCCAGAUGGUUAUUGAUUCUGGAGUGGUUCCAUUUCUUGUUCCUCUCCUCAGCCAUCAGGAGGUCAAAGUUCAGACAGCAGCUCUGCGGGCAGUUGGAAAUAUUGUGACAGGGACAGACGAACAGACCCAGGUUGUGCUCAACUGUGAUGUCCUCUCACAUUUCCCCAACCUGCUCACACACCCUAAAGAAAAGAUCAACAAGGAAGCAGUCUGGUUCCUGUCCAACAUUACAGCUGGGAACCAGCAGCAGGUCCAAGCUGUCAUUGAUGCCGGACUGAUUCCUAUGAUCAUUCACCAGCUGGCUAAGGGUGACUUUGGCACUCAAAAGGAGGCAGCAUGGGCCAUCAGCAACCUCACCAUCAGUGGGAGGAAAGACCAGGUGGAGUUCCUGGUGGAGCAGAACGUCAUCCCUCCAUUCUGUAACCUGCUUUCAGUGAAGGACUCCCAGGUGGUGCAGGUCGUCCUGGACGGCCUAAAGAAUAUCCUCAUCAUGGCAGGAGAUGAGGCCAGCACCAUCGCUGAGAUCAUAGAGGAGUGUGGAGGUUUGGAGAAGAUAGAAAAUCUGCAGCAGCAUGAGAAUGAGGAUAUUUACAAACUAGCCUUUGAGAUUAUUGAUCAGUACUUUUCAGGAGAUGAUAUUGAUGAAGAUCCCAGUUUGAUCCCUGAAACCACUCAAGGAGGAACCUUCAAUUUUGAUCCAGCUUCGAACAUGCAAGCCAAGGAGUUUAAUUUCUAAAAGCCAGGAUGUUUGGUUCAACUAGCUGCACGGGUACUCUGUAAUCACCCCAGAUGUUCAUCCAUCUCUUCUCCAACCUGGCAACUUGGUACAGAAGGAUUUACUUAGCAUCACUUCAACAUGGAAAUUCACCACUGAAGGAUUUACCCACCCCCACCUCUGCACUGUGGGAUGUUUUUAUUUCUAAAUGGUCAUCCUUCACAGGAAACGGCAAACCUUCAUUGGAGUCCUGGUCAUUCAACAGGCAUCAUCACCAUCUGGCAACCUGCAUCAGGAGGAUUGCCGGUGUUCUCUGCCAGUGCUUCUAAAUGUCACACAAAAAUAAAACCAGAAGGAAGAAAAUGCUGUUGGGCAAGAUUUAAUUGCCAAAUGUCAAGUCUUCACAAAGACAGAAACACAAGCACAUGUCCAGGCACGAGCACGCAUAUACACUUUUUGACAUAUAGAAUUUGUGUGCAUACUUCUUAGAAGCCAUCAUGUCACUUAUGGGGAAGAAAUACUGCUGUUUGUUUGUGGUUUAUUUUUGUGCUUUCCCUCCCCUGGAUUGUCCUCUGGUGUUACUUCACCCACGCGCACGCACACUGACAUUCAAAUACACAAAUCAACACACUUAGUCACACUGAUUUCUGAUGGCCGGGCACCUUGAUAACCCUCUCUCACCCAGUUUAAAGAGUUAAUCCCAGAGCUAAGCCAUGAUUAACCACGGACCCCCACUGCCCUCCCAGGAGAGUUCUUGGGCAGGUGGAGGGGUGAAAGGGCUCUAAGGCGAAAAGAGGAACUCUGUGGAAACCUGACUGACGGGACUUCUGACUCAAUGACGUCACUUUUUUCAAUGUGAUCCCUGAAUUAUCAAACAAUGUUUAAGAAAAUCAUGAAAAAUGUGAAGAAUACGCCAUAAUUUUUUCCAACACAUACUGUAAGACCUGCUAACUGCCUGCUUCUGAUUCAGCAGAGCGACAACGUUGUUUUUUACGGAUGUGAAUAUGGGAGGAAGCACCUUUGGGUGAAGGAGCAGAGACUUAAGAGGAACGUGUCAGCUGUAGCGUUUUAAACCCCCCCCCCUCCAUACACACAGGACAGUGUCUGCAGCAUGAGCUCGUCACAUCAUGUGAUCCAGUCAACUCUUUGCUUGGGACUCCCCUGUAAUGUGAAACUCUAAAGGGGGAGGUUUACAAAAAAAAAAAAAAAAAAA